AUGUUUGACCCCGCCCCCAAGUUCCUUCACCGACUCAUCCUCCUCUAUAUCUUCUUCCUCAUGCCCAUCGCUGUGCCCGACACCUUCGUUGAUGAAGAGAUCGAAGUGCUGCCACCCCCGCCCUGUGGAGACCCGACCUGGGUCUCAGACCGCGAGUGCGACGCCUGCAUUAAGGACAACGUUACUUGCCGCAAGAUCCAGGACAUGGGGGGCCCUUGCCUCCAGUGCCGCGACUGCGACCGCGAUUGCACGUUAUGGGGCCUCCGCCAUGACGGCGCGUUCAUCGUUCCGAAUGCGGGAUUUGUGGGAUGGUUAGCCCACUCAACGAUCCGCAUCCGCGCUGACCUCCCGCCCAUCUUGGAUGCCGUUGCCCAGGGCGCCGCCGACUACACUCUCACCUGGCUCAGGGGGCUCGACUUCACCGUCAUCCCCGAGGCCGAAGCACUCUUCAACUGCCCUUUUCCCAACAUCCCCUCUUACGCGGUGUACGAAAAGUGGGACCGACGGGACGCGCGCGACCUCGCCACCGCCAUCGUGUUCCGCGACCUUAGGCAAAAGGCCCGCGAAGAUCUGCAGCCGUUGGUCCUCGGGAGCAUCCAGGAAGACUGGAUCAAGCUGCCCCAGGUGGAAGAUGACCACAACUGGUUGUUCAUAUCGCCAGGCAUGUCUUGGCGUAGUUACCGCUUGGACCCCAUCCCUCCCACCGCGCCUCCCACCACUCCUUCAGCCGCGCCCUCGCACGUUCCUCCUCUCGCACCCACUGUCCCUGCCGCCGCCGUUCGCCCUCCCCCCGUCGCAAGUGGGCGCAUUUCACGCACCGCAUCUUCCCGCUCGGUCCCGCACCGUACGACGCACGAUAAACGGCGGCCCGCGUCGACCUCCGCGACCUCCGCGCGUGCGUCCGCAUCUGUGCGCCCGUCGACCCGCGCGUCCAGGUCCGCACUCGUCUCUUCCGCUCUCCAGUCCACCUCUGCGCGCGUGUCUACGUCCACACGCCCGUCCUAUUCCGCACGUACAGAAGACGCUGUCCGCUGGAUGGGGUUCGAGGGGAUCACUUACCUUCUGGCGUCCCACGCCUCAGGCCUUGCCACCGAGGUGGAGAAGCUGGCUAAGUGGGCGGAUAAGAACGCGCCCGGCGCGUCCCUCGCCGACACGCCGACAUCCUCCGAAGAAGGCGACCACAUGGACACUUAG